AUGGCGAAUGCGAUUGCGAUAUGGACGAUCUAUUUUAUAAUUACGUUACACUUUCGCAUCUAUUGUUUUUCGUAACGUAUGACAAUGCACAAUACCGUCUAAACAUAUUUUCGGUGUACACAUACAGGUGUUUGAUUGUUUGUAAAAUUUAUAUAGUGAUUGUCAAUCCUUUGUUUAUUAGUACAAGAUGCGAAGCCUCGAUAAACUAUCCCCUCCUCUGCUCUCCUCUACACAUAUAAACUCCAUCUUAAUAUAAUAAAUGGAAAAAAUAACCUGUUCCCGUCAAGUUCUUGAAUUCAUUGGCCCGUCAGAUGAUAAACUGUGAUAACAGGAGUCAUUUGUUUUUGACCUGCACAGUUAGCUCUGCCACAAUCUUGCAUAAGAAUAAUCACCGUUGAAGUAUUUUAAGAACAUCUGUUCUAAUACACAGUUUAGGAGUUUAUUAUUAAUAUAUUAUAUAAAAAGGAACUGUAAAAUAACCGUGUGAUAUGACACCAAAAAUAGUUGUUGUCGGGUCAUGUAUGAUUGAUUUUACUUGUUUCUCCCCACGGUUGCCUAAACCUGGCGAAACAAUAAUUGGAACUAGAUUUGAAAAGAAAUAUGGCGGUAAAGGUGGCAAUCAAUGUAUGGCAGCUGCUAAACUCGGUGGAUCUACAGCACUUAUUGCUUCAUUGGGUUUUGAUACGUUUGCUCAGGAAUACUUAGAAAUUUUAAGAAAGGAAAAUGUAGACAUAUCUCACGUCAAGAUACAAAAAGAUAAACAUAGUGGUAUUGCUCACAUCACUGUCGCUGAAGAUGGGGAGAACAGUAUCGUUAUCGUGUUAGGUGCAAAUGAAUCCUUAACUCCGGAAUACGCGGAUUCUGCUGUUGAUGUGAUUAAGAGCGCUAGCGUUUUAUUAUGCCAAUUCGAAAUUCCGCUGGAAACCACGCUGCAUGCAUUAAAAUUGCAUCGGGGUCACGGACUUUCGAUUGUCAACGGAGCGCCCGUGCUGGAAAAUUUUGAUCCGGAAAUCCUGAAUCUAUGCGAUAUUUUCUGUGUCAAUGAGACUGAGGCGGAAGUUAUGACGGGCAUUCAACCCGCAGACUUGUCAAAUGUACAGGAAGUCGCGGAUAAGCUUCUGGCUAAGGGAUGCAAUGCGAUUAUCCUUACUCUCGGGCCACUAGGGGCUGUGUAUGCGUCGAAAACGAAUAGAAACGUCACGCGGAUUCCUGUCACCGAGGUCCACCCGGUAGAUACUACCGGUGCUGGGGAUGCAUUUUUGGGCGCGCUGGCAUAUUUUAAGGCUUACCAUCCGCAGCUAUCAAUGGACGAAUGUAUCAGAAGAUCUUGCGUAGUCGCCACGCAAUCCGUCCUUAAAUUCGGUACACACGCAAGUUUCCCAACGAGAAGCGAUCUCUCGAUAGAUUUAUUCACGUAAAUGAAAGUGAAGAGAGUGUAAACUAUAAAGUGUUUUAACGUGUAGAGACUUUAUAUUUUAUCCCUUUGAAAACUCUUCUUAAAUAUAAGAUGUUUUGGAGGAAUAAAGUAAUUGAU